AUGAAUUGUUCCUUUUCAAACCUAGAUUUAGAUGAAUCUCUCGUAUCAUCGCUGGCAAAUUUUGGAAUUACUGAGCCAUCGCCAAUCCAGUUCAGUUUAAUAAAGUCUUCUACAGAUGAAAACAGUAUUAUAUUUCAAUCGAAAUCUGGAACGGGAAAGACUGUUUCAUUAUGUAUAGUAGUUCUAAACAAGAUUAUAAAGAGGAGAAUUUUGGGAAAUGAAUAUUCAGAUUUAUAUCAUGAGGAUUUAUCUCAUUUUUCAAAGCCUCCCAGCAUUUUAUUUGGAGAAGUUCUGUUCAUAGUCCCUACCAGUGAACUCGCAUACCAGAUUUACCUAUUUUUCUCAUCAAUUAAACAGUAUUUGGAAUGCGUAAAUGCAAUAAUAUUGGCAUCUGACUCGAAAUUGCUGGAACUAAUAAAUCAACUGAAAACUAAUGAAUUCAAUGUAGUCAUUUCAACGCCAGGAAAGUUUAUAACAAUCCUUAAAAAGAAGCCAAAAGAUAAUGAAGUUGCUGAAUUCGGAAUAAAGUCAAAUGGAAUGUUGUUAAAAACUAACUUGCUAAUAUUUGAUGAGGCGGAUUUAUUACUGGAUGACCACUUUUUAGAACAAACCAGAUAUAUAUGUAAUAAAGUAGUGAACCCAUUUGUACAAGUAGUAGCAGUUUCAGCAACAUUCAUGAAGCCUCAAUUCAAGUCAUUUGAGGAUAUUAUUAACAAAGCAGAUUCAGAAUAUAUAGAUAAAUUAACAAAAAUGAAAGGGGAGGAUGAUAACGCUAUUAAAGUUGAAGAUUUGUUAAACCUUGAGCCAAGAUUGCUCUAUUACCUUAACCACCUACUUAUUUCUAAAAGAAUAACAAAGGCCUCUGAUAUUUUUGAAUAUUUGUCAACAUAUGAAAGGAAAUUAACGAAAAUAAUAUUAUCAACCAGUUACCUGAGCAGGUAUAUGGAUCCUAAAACCGCUGGCUCAAACAAGGAAUCAUAUUACCUUACUUCUGAAACGACAGAAAGUGUUGAUGAAGUAAUUGAUUUAAACCCUCCGAGCCUGGUUCUUGAGAAGAUUAAGUUCUAUAUGGGAAGUGUUCCAGAUGCACCGAAUAUUGUUAUGCAAAUUGGACUUAAAGUGGAAGUGGUCGCCAAGGUCCUGUUUAAUGUUGAUUAUAGAAAGUGUAUUAUUUUCUGUAACCAAACACAUACCAGAGUACAAACAUGUAAGCUUCUCCAAAGCCUAGGGUUCAAGUGCUAUAUUAAUAGCUCGAGACUGUCACAUGGUGAUAGAAUGAAAAUGUUUGAGUACAUCUCAAUAGAUAAGGUUAUAAUCCUGUGCACAGACAUAAUGAGCAGAGGAAUAGGGUUUCCAAACGUGGAUCUGGUCAUAAAUAUGGAUAUGCCAAGCUCAAAAGAGGUUUUUCUGCAUAGGUCAGGAAGAUCAGGAAGAUUUGGAGCACAAGGGAUUUGCGUGUCAGUUUGCAUGGAAUCAGAAGUUGAAACUUACAGAUAUUUCAUGUAUUCACUUAAUUUCAAAUCAUUUCCAGUUGAGGAACUGCAAAAUGGUGGAUAUCAGGACUCUAUUUCUACAAUAUUCAAAAAUUCCAUCACUUUUACUACUCUAUUCCAGCCAGAAUCUGACCUUUCAAAGAUGAUUAAGCCUUCUCUGGCCACAUCCAUGAUGGACUUGGAACAAUUUAAAUUCAAAGUUUCAAUAAUUGGUCUAGUUUCUGCAAAUUCUGUCAGGAUAUUUAACCCAUCUGGUUCCCAAACAUUUAUGUAUUUUGAGUUAAAUGGUUCAGAAAUGUCAGUUUACAUUAGAAGCCUUGGAGACGGAUCCACUUCCUAUGAAACUAUAUUUCAUUCAGAUGGGCCAAAAGUUUUAGUUUACUUGGAUAGGGUCUUUUAUAAAUCACCAGAAUUUUAUAGAAAUAAGUCUGAAGUGACUCAUAUUAUGUUAGAAAUAAAUAACAUUUCACUUUUGUUAACACUUUUCACAUUUGAGUUGGAGAAGCUAAUAACGUGUGCUAGUAUUUUUUUGGAAUUUGUUCCACUUGAAUUAGAAUCGCAGUGUAACAUAGAUUGCGGAGACAUAAAGUCAGUUUUUGAUAAGAAUAUAAACGCAGCAUGGAACGUGGGAAGUGAAGAGGAACUAUCCUUAGUUUUCAGCACUCUCAGACUGGAGCCAAGGCCCAUUGGGGCCGAAACUGUAAAAUAUUUUAUUCAAAAAAUGGAUUUUAGUCCAGAUUUUAAUGCACUGAUUUAUCUGUACACUAUAUAUUCAGAGAAAAUACAACCGGGCAGAGAGUUUCUGACAAAGGUUAUGGAAGUAAAUCCAUACACGAUUAGCAGAUACUUUCUGUCGAGACAUGUAUCACAUUGGAAAAGUUUAGAAAUUUAA